UUUUCUUUUCCCAUCUAAUUUUCCUUUCUCGCCUGCUCCCCCAUUCACGCUGUUGAUGUCACACUCCCUGCAGGUCGAACCCGGUGGAGGGGAAGCUCAUCUUCUGCAACGGGGUUGUCCUGCACCGGCUGCAGUGCGUCCGCGGCUUCGGGGAAUGGAUCGAUUCCAUCGUUGAGUUUUCCUCCAACUUGCAGAACAUGAACAUCGACAUCUCGGCGUUCUCCUGCAUCGCUGCCCUGGCCAUGGUGACAGAGAGGCACGGGCUCAAAGAACCCAAGCGGGUGGAAGAGCUGCAGAACAAGAUAGUGAAUUGUCUCAAGGACCACGUGACUUUCAACAACGGGGGCCUGAAUCGCCCCAACUAUUUGUCCAAACUCUUGGGGAAGCUCCCCGAACUCCGCACGCUUUGCACGCAGGGGCUGCAGCGCAUUUUCUACCUGAAACUGGAGGAUUUGGUGCCACCGCCAGCAAUAAUCGACAAACUCUUCCUGGACACUUUACCUUUCUAAGACUCUUCCCGUGCACUGACGCUGAACUCGAGGAACCUUCGCCCGUCGGAAGGGGACUUCAGCUGGGCACGGGGCAGCGCGCGGGGCGGCACGGCCCCCCCAGCCACCUGUGAGCCUCCUGCGGGCGGAGCGCGACGGGGCGUUUGGCUCUGGGGCACCAUGGAUGCGGCUCUUGGACUUCCCGAAUCCCAUGGUAUAAACUUUUUAUUCUCGGCUUAUAGAUGAGUUUAUUAUUGAGGACUUCUGGUUAAGCAGACGAAGCAAUCUGGCGACGCCGGGCGCGCGGCUCAGAGCGAGAGGGGCAGCCCACGCGCUGAGGGACCCGCGGGCAUCGCCUCCUAAAGACUUAAAGUUUUCUGCUGUAAAAGAAAGCUGUAAUAUACACAGAUCCUAAAUGUUCCGUGGGUGGCAUGCCAGGAAGGAAGGGAAAGGCUUGUACAGUUAUCAGAUGCCGUUUGGCUUUUCUACAAAUGAACCCGUGCCUAGUCAUGAAUCUAUAUGGGAACCAAUUCUAAAGAAUUAAGAAAUAAAAGCUAAGCGUGUUUGGGGGGAAAAAAAACACAUUAAAAAAGAGAAGGAAAAGCGAAUCGCUCCGUGCGAGGGGAGCGUGACGACCCUAAGGUGGCAAUGUUAUAGGCACUUGCUAUUCAGUAAUGUCUAUAUUCUAUAAAUAGUAUUUCAGACACUAUGUAGUCUGUUAGCUUUUAUAAGGACUGGUAGUUCUCUGAGCUUCAAACGUUUUCUCAGUUGUAAAAUAGGUGGGCACAAAAGUAUUACCGACCCCGAAACCCUCGCAGAGGGACUCAUAGUGUUUGUAAGCACCGUCCACACCCCUUGUUUGUAAGUGUUGUAUGUACUGUUGAUGUUGAUUAAAAGAAAAGAAGUUUAUAUCUUGAUUAUUUUGUUGUCUAAAGCGAAACGAACUUUGCAUGCAGCAGCUUCUGGCCGUUUCCAGAGUGCUUAUAAUAUACAUCGCUCCCUGGAAAUUACUGAGCACUUUGAAUUUUUGUUCUGUUUUGUUGGUUAUUUUCUUUUUUUAAUGUCUAAAAAUUGUCGGUUAAUAUAUUAUUUUAUGUUGGAGUAAUAUUUUUAAUAUUGCCAUAUACUGUAGUAUUUUUUCUUUGUAUAUUUCCAGUAUGGCACACGAUACAGAUCACUGCCUUUUUUUCUAUGGUGUACAACAGUUAGAAACGCGGAUUUGUUUUUUUUUCCCCUAUAACUCUUUCUUUGAGAAAGACAAUUUUAAUGUUUACAACAAUAAAACGUGUAAACGAACAGAA